AUGUCAGCGUUUGAGGAGCUUGGCGUGAUGCCGGAGCUGGUGAAGGCCGUUGAAGAGCUUGGCUGGAUGCUUCCCUCUCCAGUUCAGGCGGAGGCCAUACCGCUCAUCCUCGGAGGUGGCGACGUCAUGGCGGCUGCUGAGACGGGCAGCGGCAAGACCGGGGCCUUCGCCAUCCCCGUACUGCAAAUCGUUCACGAGGCCCUCCGACAGCGGGUGCGCAGCGGCGCUGCCGCCAGCUCAAGCGGCCGCGGUGGCGGCAACGCCGGCGGCGGCGUCGCCAGCCCGGCGGCGGAAUGCGUGCUGAGUACGGAGGAUCGGGAUCUGCAUCUCGCCGUGUCGUCGGACGGUUGUACGGCACAGAGUCGAUCUGAAAAGAGCUGGGGCGGCGUCCGGGCCACGAUGGGCGUGUUUGCGUCCUGCGGCGGCAAAGUCUACUAUGAGGUAACCGUUAACGACGAGGGGCUGAGUCGAGUUGGUUGGAGCUGCUCAACCGCCGCCCUGGAUCUGGGCACUGACCGACUGGGGUUUGGUUUCGGAGGCACCGGCAAGAAGUCCCACCAGCGUCAGUUCGACUCGUACGGCGAGCCCUUUGGCAAGGGCGACGUCAUCGGCUGCAUGCUGGACUGUACGGGAGGCGGAUCUGUGUCGUACAGUAAAAACGGGCGACAUCUGGGAGAGGCCUUUAAGCUGCCACCGCACCUUCAGAGCCAGAUCUUCCUUCCAGCCAUCUGCCUAAAGAACGCCGAAGCAACCGUCAACUUCGGAGUCACACCCUUCGCCCACCCGCCCCCACCGGGCUUCAUCGCCAUGACCAAGGCACCCGCGGCGUGGAUCGCCGCCGCCGCCAGCGCCGCCGCCGCUGCCACCUCUUCCACCGCCGCCGCCGCCGCCGCGGAUGGCAGCAAGCCCGAUUGCAUCAUUCUAGAACCCGCCAAGGAUCUCGCCGAACAAACUGCCAACUGCUUUACCGACUACGGCAAACACCUCCAUGCGCCGGCUAUCCGUACGGGAUUGUUCGUUGGGGGUGUGGAUGCCGUACCGCAAAUUCGGAUGCUUCGAGAAGGUGUGCACAUCGCCGUUGGGACUCCUGGACGAGUGAUUGACUUCGUGGAGAGCGGCAAGAUACCGUUGGAUCAGGUUCGUUUCUUCGUGCUGGAUGAGGCAGACAGGCUGAUUGCUGACAACCCGGAUGUCGUCACCAAGAUCUACAACCGCCUGCCCAAGGGGGGAACGGGAGUCAAUAGACUGCAGGUGCUCCUCUUCAGCGCCACCCUCCACAGCACCGAGGUGAAGGACAUGGCCGCCAAGAUCUGUGUGAACCCCAUCUUGGUGGAUUUGAAGGGGAAGGAUGCCGUACCGGAGACCGUUGACCACGUCCUGGUUCGUGUCAACCCCGCGGAGGACCGCAGCUGGCUGCAGAGCAAACCCGAGGUGUUUACCGACGGCUGUCACGCCGUGGACUGCAUAGGGCCCAGCACCGCCACCACUCGCGAGUGCCUCUCCGAAGCCACAAAACGACUGAAGCAGCGGCUGCUACAGCGCCUCAUUGACACACUCCGCAUGGAGCAGUGCCUGAUCUUCUGUCGUACAAAUUACGACUGCGAUCAGCUGGAGCGCUUUUUGAACAGCCUGGGGGGAGCCGGGGGUGGUGGCGGGGGUGAGGGCGGGUUUCGUGGCAAGAUGGAGAGCGGCAAGGAGAAUCCGUACAGCUGUGUCGUACUGGCUGGGGCGAGAAGUAUGGACGAGCGCCGUGCUGCGUUAUCCGCCUUCAAGGACGGUGACGUGCGCUUCCUCAUUUGUACGGACGUGGCGGCCCGGGGUAUUGACAUCAAGGAGCUGCCGUACGUUAUCAACAUGACGCUGCCGGACAAGAGCGAGGAUUACAUUCACAGGAUCGGUCGCGUGGGGCGUGCUGAUACGAUGGGUCUGGCGAUCAGCCUGGUUUCGGAGGUUCCCGAGAAGGUGUGGUACUGCAGCGUCAAGGGACUCAAGCCCUGGCUGGCGCCCGACGCGUCCAAUACAAAAACCACGGACAAGGGUGGACACACUAUUUGGUACGACGAGAAGGCCCUCCUAGGGGCCAUUGAAACUCGUCUGGGUCGUUCCAUCCCCUCUAUGAGUGAGGACCUAAGCCUGCCUGCCGAGCUGGCGGAGCGGCUGGCGGCUGGGGGUGACAAGUAUGGGCAACAGCGUGGCGGCGGUGUGAGCCAGGAGGUGACUGCGCACUUGGAGCAAAUUGCGCAGAACGUCCAGCAUCUGGCGUCCUUGGAAUGGCACGUGCAAACGAGCUUCCUGCGCUUGAAGCAGCGGUGGCAGUCGGCCCAAGGUUGA